CUCAAAACGGCGUAAAUUAAUUUGGUAUCCAGUGCAGUUUUGAGCUUCACCAUGUCUCAAAAUCACGUUCGCUUUUUAGCUAAAACUGUACUGGUGAAAAAUAAUAACGUUGAACCAGCAUGUCGAAUUUUAGACAGAAUCUUACGGAAUGAACGGUUUUACGAAGAUGUCCGAAGAAGAAUAUAUUAUGAGAAGCCGACACAAAAGCGACAGCGUUUAAGUUACGAACGCUGCAGCAGAAUAUACAACACUGACAUGCAACGCAAAAUUGCAUUUAUUAUGCGCAAGAACCGAGUCGACCCAUGGCCUAGAUAACAGACAGUGACUAAAUGUUAUAAUUAUGUGAAACUAUCUUGUUUGAAAGGUGUUUUGAUUUUGUAAAGAAGUUUUAAACAAUAACAGAUUUAUCUAUAGGAAAUUUUAUUAGGUUUUAAAGAACCUAACAUGCUAGAAGUGAGAUUUGUCAGUGUUUCAGAAGUGAGAUUUGUCAGAAUGUUUCAGAAGGGAGAUUUGUCCGAACAUUUCAGAAGGGAACUUUGUCAGAACAUUUCCUAAGUUACAUCUGUCAGAACGAUGUUAGAUGUUAGAAGUUAACUUGUUUGGAAAACACAGAAAUGUAAUAUGUCAAAUAUUGGUCUCUAUAUACAGUCAAAUCCACUUUAUUGCAUAUCAGUUUAUAGCACAAAUCGGUUAUUUACAUAUUAUUCGGCUGCACAGAACCACUUAGCAUUAAAUCAGUACAAAUUAUGUCGCAUAUUUGAAUAGCUUUAUAAAAAAAAGACAAACAUCGGUUAAUUGCAUACAAAAACAAAAAAAAUCUAGAAAAUUUCAUCAUAAAAUGUUCCACAAACCAUGUUCCAGAAAGAAAAAAAAAUUGAUUGAUGUUAAAAAGAAAGGGAAAACUGAAUUGGAAGUAACAAAAAUCUUCUAUUUUUAUGUUCUUAAUACAUGUAUUCAGUUUGAGAAAGAUGUUUGUUAUAAAAAGAAUUGUGUGUUGUCAUACAAGAAAAAUGGUGCAUAA